AUGAGAGCCUACGCAGACUCCGAGAAGUUCCCUUUUCUGCCUUCUGGCAGAAUGAUAACAUUGAAAAACCGUCCCGUGCAAGGCGCAGUGCUACUUAUUACAUUCAUCUUUCUUACCAUCAGUCUAUACAGUCUUGGGCGUGGGAGAGAAGCUGGCGAGAGCGCGCUGGACCAUUACAAAGAGCGCUUCUCGAAAUCGGCGGGAAUACAGUCAAAAGCACAGGAAGCAAAGCGGCUCUAUGCCGAGGAAUUGUUGCAGCGUCCGCUGGCUACGGACUUGACGUCGAUUCCAAAGCUGUUUCACCAGAGCUGGAUAAAUUCGACUCUGCCGGCCAAGUUCGAGGAAUGGAGUCACUCGUGCCGUCAGGCGAAUCCAGACUGGGAGUGGGUCUUGUGGACGGAUGAGGACAAUAUGAAUUUAGUGAAAAAAUAUGCGCCUUGGUUUGCGAGCACUUACGACGCCCUACGUUCUGAGAUCUACCGUGCGGAUACUGCGCGCAAUAUCUACAUGCACGUUUUUGGAGGCGUAUAUGCCGAUCUCGAUACUGAAUGUCUGGGACCUUACGAAGAAAUGUUCGCAGAAUACAACACUUCUAUGAUAGUCCACAAUAAGCCACCCUCCGAGUCCGAGCAUCUUGACAAGAGCGGACAACGCAUGGGCUUGCAACCUACACAAGUCGACGAAGAAUCUAGACCGAAAUCUACGGCGACUGGACUAGAUAUCCCCUCGUCCGCGGAAGGUGAACGGAAAGUUUUCCUCGGGCGCAUGGGUACCGACGAAGAUUACGUUCACUCAAUACCCAACGCCUGGAUGGGGUCCACUCCCGGUCAUCCGUUCUGGGUCCUUCCACUCGAGUCUUGUGAACAACACAUCGGAAGUGGCGCGCAGCCCGAGUAUCUCACUGGACCUCCAGCCCUCUACGACCGAGUCAGGGACUACAGAGAUGAAUACGAUCACGGCAGAGGAGAGAAGAUGGACGAUCAUUACGGCAAAGGUGGCUGGCGAUACCUGUACCCACCGUCGAGGGACCACCAAAAGCUCCCGCCGCAAUCGAUGGUCGUGCUUCCUUUCUGGGAGGUCUAUCCGUAUUCCUGGGAGCGCGAUGGAGAGGCUUACAGGAUGCUUUGCUGGGUUACGCAGGAUACAUUCAGUGCGGCGAUGUGUAAGCACGUCUUAGGGUUGGACCAUUGGGGAAGCCAUAGCAUUACCUAUUGGAGCCAUUCGUGGAGUGUGGACGGGCAUUGGGGUGAACACAUGGAUGCGCUUAAUAAGCCAACCGAGACUCCUGAUGGCGACGAGAAUGACGAAGAAAGUGCUCAGGCGAAACAAGAAGAUUGA